AUGACCACCUUCAACAUCGCAGUCUACACAGACACAAUCUGCCCCUGGUGCUACAUCGCCCACAAAUCUCUCGACCAAGCCAUUUCUCUGUACCAAAAGACCUAUCCCGGCGGCCGCCAUGAUGCCUUCAAUUUCACCUUCUUGCCCUACUACUUAGACGCCACCGCGCCCUCCAAAGGCAUUCCUUGGGAAGAACGGGUGGCACAGAAGAACGGCCAAGAUGCCGUGAACGCCAUCCGAACACGACUUGAACGCGUGGGCAGGGCGAAUGGCAUUGCCUUUGGCUUCAACAGCAGGAUUGGGAAGACUAAGGACUCGCAUCGGCUGUUAAAGUGGGCGAGGGACAAGGGUGGUGAAGGGGAUCAGCAGAAGCGGUUACUCGAGACGAUCUUCGAGUGGCAUUUCGAGAGAGAUGGGGACAUCACUGACAGGCAAGGUCUGGUCACUGCCGUAAUAGCAAGUAAUCUCCCAGAAGCCGAAGCACUCCAGCUUCUCGAGAGCGACGACUGUGGAGCUUAG